GCCCUCAGCAAACUCAAACUCUGUUUAGCCCUUAGCCUAGCCCUUCUGAAGGUCCAAUUUAGGGUUUCUUUGGUGUUUUUCUUUUUCUUUUUCUUUUUAGAUUCUUUCAAUUUUAAUUUGAAAGCUCGAAACUUUCAAUAGAAAGCUCUAAGCUUUCCGCAGCUCAUCAAGGUGUUUGUUUCUUUUCUUGAUUUGGCUCACUUCAGUUCAGAUCUGUGAAUCAAGCUGUAAAAACCCAUAGAUUGGAGGCAGCUUACUGGGGGAUAUUGUGAGCCUACUUCUGUGCCAACAUCUUUUGUGUUGGUUUCUUUUGAAAUUCUGACAGGAAUCCUCCGUUACUUUGCUUCUUAACUUGUAAGGUGCCACCACUUCAUCAUGAAUGAUUAAGCCUUAUCAUGGAAGUAGAAGACCCCAUGAGUCCCAUUAUGGCAAUUACCCCUGUGACUCCAACAGAUAACAAUGAACCACCCACUUCUGAGGAACAGCCUAGUAAACGUAGGAGAAAGAAGUCUAUUGUCUGGGAACACUUCACAAUUGAAACUGUUGGAGCUGGUUGUAUGAGAGCGUGCUGUAAACAGUGCAAGAAAUCAUUUGCAUAUAUAACUGGUUCAAAGCUUGCAGGAACCAGUCACCUCAAGCGACAUAUUGCCCUGGGGAUCUGCCCUGUAAGCCGUCAGAAAAAUGAAUCAUCACCAUAUACACCAGGCUCGAAAACAGACCCUCCUAAAAAACGUUUCCGAGCAUCUCCUGGAUUCUCAGGCAUUCCCUUGGAUCAGGACCGCUGCAACCAUGAGAUAGCUAAGAUGAUCAUUCAGCAUGAUUAUCCACUCCACAUAGUGGAACACCCGGGUUUCAUUGAUUUUGUCCGGACUCUUCAACCUCAUUACAAUAUGGUGAGUUUCAACACCAUUCAAGGGGAAUGUGUGGACGUGUACCUGAGGGAGAAGCAAAGGCUUUUGAAUCUUAUCAGUGGAAUUCCUGGACGAGUCAACCUUACGUUGGAUUUUGGGAUUUCAAAUCUAGAUAUUGGAUAUGCUUUCUUAACAGGUCACUUCAUUGAUGGUGAUUGGAAUUUACAGCGACGAAUCCUUAAUGUUGCCACGUUACCUUUCUAUGAUUCUGAUUAUGCCUUCAACCAAGCAGUUGUGUCUUGCCUAUCUGAUUGGCAUUUGAGGAGCAAGUUAUUUACUCUCACUCUUGAUCAAUCCUUCUCAAAUGAGAAUGUAAUUGGAAAUCUAAGAGGACUUCUUUCUGUCAAGAACCCAUUUGUGCUCCAUGGUCAGUUACUGAAAGGGAGUUGCUAUGCUCGAGUGUUAAGUCAUCUUGCACAAGAAGCACUCAGUGCCACAGGGGAGAUUGUUAGGAGAAUCCGUGAAAGUGUGAAAUAUGUGAAAACCUCAGAAGCUCAUGAUGAGAAGUUUACUGAACUCAGGCAACAACUUCAAGUCCCUAGCACGAAAAUCCUCAUUAUUGACAAUCAAACUAAAUGGAACACAACUUACCACAUGCUGGUGGCUGCCAGUGAAUUAAAGGAAGUGUUUGCGUGCUUAGAUACCUCUGAUCCUGUUUACAAGAUAAACCCAUCAACUGAUGAUUGGAAGAAGGCGGAUAUUCUCUGCACAUACUUGAAGCUUUUGUAUGAUGCAGCUAACAUUUUGACAGGCCCAACAUACCCACCUGCCCAUGUAUUUUACCAUGAAGUUUACAAAAUCCAGUUAGAGCUGACACAUGCAACCAUGAGCCAAGACCCCUUUGUCAGUAACCUGAUCAAACCCAUGAAAGAAAAGUUUGAUCAAUAUUGGAAGGAUUGCUUCCUUGUUUUGGCAAUUGCAGUGGUCAUGGAUCCAAGGUUUAAGAUGAAGCUUCUAGAAUUUAGCUUCCCAAAGGUCUUUGGUGAGGAUGCUGGUAUGUGGAUCAAGAGUGUUGAUGAUGGCAUUCAUGAACUCUUUCUAGACUAUCUUGCUCCCAAUAUUCAUCUACCAGCAGCAUAUGUGGAAGAAGGGCAUAUUAGCCUUACUCAAUCAGACACCCUUCAAGAAGUCGAAGCAGCACCUGCUCCAGAUGGAUAUUCCCAAGAACUGCACCCUCAUGUACCUCUUCAAGUGGCACACCCUGACAAAUCAAAUCCUCAAGAAGUGCCUCUUCAAGAUGGCCACCAUCAGGAGGUAUCUCCUCAGGAGUCACUCCUCCAAGAAGUGCCCUUACAGGCAUUAACCCCUCAAGAGAUGCACGUGGAAGAAGUGCCUUCCCAAGAAGUAUCCAUUCAUGAGAUGCACACUGAAGUGUCCUCCCAGGAACCGCCCUCUCAAGAAAUGCAUGCUCAAGAUAUAACACCUCAAGAAUCACACACGGAAGAAGCACCUUCUCAAGAGAUGCAGAGUGAUGAUGCCUCUCAAGUACCCCCUCAAGAUAUUAACACUGAAGAAGUAAACCCCCAAGAUACUCAUGCUGAAGAAGUUCCCUCCCAUGAAGUACCUGUUCAAGAGAUUCACCCUAAUGAAGUUCCCUCCCAAGAGGUAUCUGUUCAAGAGAUGCAGGCAGAAGAAGCGCCAGCUCAAGCAAUGCAGACAGAAGAAGCUCCACUGCAAGAGAUGCACUCAGAAGAAGCCCCACCUGAAGAGAUGCACUCAGAAGAAGCCCCACCUGAAGAGAUGCGCACAGAAGAAGCCCCACUGGAAGAGAUGUGCACUGAAGAAGCGCCGCCGGAAGAGAUGUGGACAGAAGAAGCGCCGCCUCAAGAGAUACGCACAGAAGAAGCGCCGCCUCAAGAGAUGCAGAUGGAGGAAGCGCCGCCUCAAGAGAUGCAUAUCGAGGAAGCACCGCCUCAAGAGAUGUGCAGAGAGGAAGCACCGCCUCAAGAGAUGCAUACCGAGGAAGCGCAUACCGAGGAAGCGCCGCCUCAAGAGAUGCGCACCGAGGAAGCGCCGCCUCAAGAGAUGCAGACCGAGGAAGCGCCGCCUCAAGAGAUGCGUACAGAGGAAGCACCGCCUCAAGAGAUGCAUGCCGAGGAAGCACCGCCUCAAGAGAUGCAUGCCGAGGAAGCACCGCCUCAAGAGAUGCAUGCCGAGGAAGCACCACCGCUAGAGAUGCGCGCCGAGGAAGCACCACCGCUAGAGAUGCAUACCGAGGAAGCACCGCCUCAAGAGAUGCGCACAGAGGAAGCACUGCCUCAAGAGAUGCAUGCCGAGGAAGCACCGCCGCAAGAGAUGCGCACAGAGGAAGCACUGCCUCAAGAGAUGCAUACCGAGGAAGUGCCGCCUCAAGAGAUGCAACUCCAAGUAAUCCAUCAAGAGAUGCAGCCUCUAGAAUUGCACACUCAAGAUCUACCUAUGCUUUCUAUUGGAGAUGGGCUUUCAGAUUUUGAUAUAUAUAUUUCUGAGAUUACAAGUGGGCAACAUUUGAAGUCGGAAUUGGAUCAGUAUCUAGAGGAGUCUCUUCUUCCUCGUGUGCAUGAGUUUGAUGUAGUAGGUUGGUGGAAACUAAACAGGCUAAAGUACCCAACACUUUCGAAGAUGGCUGCUGAUAUUUUAUCAAUACCAGUAUCUACUGUUGCUCCUGAUUCUGUGUUCGACACUGAAAACAGAAAGAUAGAUAGCUAUAGGGGUUCACUACUUCCUAUAACACUUGAAGCCCUUGUAUGCGCCAAGGAUUGGCUCCAGCAUGGAUCAUCGUUGUCAUCAUCAUCACUGGAGAUUUCUAACGCACUUGUGAAGAAAGAAUUUUAGGUCUUAUGUAGGAACAUCUUUCGACCUACCGCCUGGGCAUAUUUGACUUGCUUUUAGGCUUAUGCAAUUGUUUUUCCCUUUUCUUCUCAUUUAUACUGCCAAUAUAAGAUGUUUGAUUAGGAUUUGUUAUGCUACAUCAGACUUGGAACUAAUCUUGGUUUUAGCGAUCACUUUGGAUUAA